AUGAGAAGUGUCGUCCCGAAUUUAAAGAUCUAUGUUAAAUUACUCACCAAAUUAGGGCGGGAAAUUCAUCUAAUGCAUUUUGCACAUAAAGGUCCAUAUUACGAAGAGAUAAACAAAACGGUCGACAAAGCAUCGCAUAUUUACACAAAGUUCAUUGUUGUCUUUAUGUAUAUGACUAUGAUGAUGUUCAAUAUCACUCCGAUCUAUAACAUUUCCAAAAACAUAUUAAGUAGCAAAACCGAAAAUUCCACUCAGGAGUACGCGUUAUAUUACAGCUUUCCUGGGAUCAAUCCUAUGAAUUACUACCCUACAACGACGGUGUAUAAUUUCUAUCUUUCAUACAACUGUGGGAUUAUGAUGUGCGGAUUAGAUUUGGUUCUAUUCUUGAUGAUUUUUCAACUUAUCGGCCACGUGUACAUUCUGAGGCACAACCUUGAGAACUUCCCGUCGCCUAAGAACAAAGUGGUCCUGAAUAUUGGGGAUCUGCCCAGAUACAAAAACAAAGAAAAUUGCAUCGUCGAAAUGUUUGACGCGAAGGAGAACGAAGAAGUGCGCGUGCGGCUGGCGGAGUGCAUAGAACAUCACAAAAUUAUCAUUCGAUUCACAGAUGAAAUUUCAGUUGUUUUCGGCCCUAUUUUAGCCUUUAACUACAUGUUCCACAUGGUCGGAUGUUGUUUGCUAUUGCUGGAAUGUUCAGCGGGAGUAAGUUCAUGGCAAUAUUAAAAAAUACUUAUCUUUCGACAAUGAUUACAGACAUAAAUUUUAA